AUGCAUCCGUUUAAGAUCUUUUCGGCAUUGAAGGGCACGAAUACUUCUGCGAACCCCUCUGUGCCUCCCAGCGACAUCGAGAUGGGUAUGCCUGAGUUACAACUCCCAACAUACGUUGUUCAAGAUACCCCUGCUCCUAUUCCCCAACCCCCAUUGCAAAUUGAAGCGCCUUCGACUCAAGUCGAGCUUCAGGCACCAUCUGGUCUCCUGGCUGGCCUGCAAGAUGGCGCCCAUAAAUUCACCCUGAGGAUUCCCCCCCCUGGAGAUCGACGGAGGACACCAACUCAUCGCUCAAGGUCACCGACUGGUCCACCAGUCAAGAAUCAGGCGGCGACAGGAUCUUCCAAAGUUCAAGUUGUUGAGCGCGACGAUCCUCAGAAGGAUGGACUACUGGAAGCGCAGGCAUGCCAGAUCGAAAUGCUAAAGGAAGAGCUCACACCAAACACCGAAGUCUUUCAGGCAUUCAAAGAACAGAUGGAGGAGAUGGCAGCCAAAACAGAAGCGGCUGAAGAAAAGGCAAAGGCGGUUGAGGAUAUAGAGGAGAAGGCGAGCCAGUGGGGUGCAGGAUUGGAAGCGCAGAUGAGGCAAGCGGAGGAGGCACAUACCCGCGCUGAACAGCGGGCGGCGGAACUGGAGCAGGAGCAUAAGCGCAAGAUGGCGGAGAUUUCAGCACAGCACAUACUGGACAAGGAAGGCGAACAGCGUGCUCGGAUCGAGGAGGCCGAGACUCCCAACACUGCAGGUGAUACUGGUGGGACGCUGGUGCUGGAUCGUCAGCGGUAUUCGACACCAGACACCGAGAUGGCAGGCGCCUCCACAAAUAAAGGGAAAGCCCCCCAGCAGAGUGCUCCGUCAUGGAUUCCAAAACCGGCCACCUUCAAGACAUCGGCACGCCCUUUGCCAACUUCAUUCCCGUCUCGCCGACAAACGACACAAUCUCCUGCAGGGAGUAGAGCCACUUCCCCGCCAGUACACACUUCACCUCCUCUGCAUAUGCUCGAUCUGGAGGAGAAAAUUGACCUCAUAUUGUCCAACAUGAACCUACGUCCGGUGACGACGCCACGACGACGGCAUGGGCCAUCAGAAUUUCAGCAUCUGGUGGUGAGAAUGAAGGAAGAAGGUCAGAAUGAGAGAAAUAAUUUGGUACGGAAACACAUGAACCGUAUGCUCGGUAUCGUUCGCAAUGAUGACAUCGUCGAUGUCGAACUUGACAACUUUACGGCCACCAACACACUUCAGCAACGUGAGAUGGCAUUGUAUGAGAAGAACUGUGCAGGGAGGGGUCCCUCGCUUGAGCCGCUGCGUCCGAAUUGGGGCGACAUCUCCAGUAGGUGGAACAAACGAUUGGCGGAACUGUUUAUUGAAUAUUGUGUGCGCAACGGAUACAUUGACGAGGACUUCGACUAUGACGAUCAGGAAGACAUUCGAAAGAUCUUUUUCCGAUGGUUGGGGACCUUGAAGGCGAAGCUAAAUUUGAGGAAGCCAAAGGGAGAAGAAACGAAGGAGGACACUGAGACUCGUGCCAAAGCCAAAGAAGAGGCACAGAAAGCAGAGAACAGGCAGCAUGGACAUCGCCGUGAUCUCUACAACAUCCAAGUGAAUGGGGCAGUGACAAGACUGCCAGAAGAUGAUGAACAUAUCGACCCGCAGACACUCGAACCUGCGGUACGUCAGAUUUUCAAUGACCACCAUGCUACCAUCGCCCUGGGACAAGAAGGAAUGAGUUUGGAUGAAAGCUGCGACGAGGAAGACGGUUCGACGACCUACCAAGUGCACCAUUUGGAAUGGCAGUCAACCAGAGCGAUGUGA